UCCAACAUGGCGGCACACAUAGUACGAUGUUCUUACUUAGUUUGUCGCAGGGCAGGAGGAAACGUAAAUCCACAGCAUGGAAAACGAAGGAGUGCUCUAGUUAGCCACAUUAACAACAUUGUACGACUGAGUGUCGGUCACGGGACCCGAGGCACAGACACCGUACAGGACACCCAAGUGCACAUUCCAGUGGACCGUCUGAAAGUGUCUUACAGCAGGAGCAGUGGUCCUGGUGGUCAGCAUGUGAAUAAAGUCAGCACAAAAGCAGAGGUCCGAUUCCACGUGCAAACAGCAGACUGGAUCCCAGAAGAUGUUCGACAGAAAGUCUUUGAAAAGCCCGGUCUGCUUCGUGCCCAGAACAAAAACCGCAUCAAUAAGGCCGGCGAGCUCCUGGUGACUUCAGAGCUUAGCCGGAGUCAGCAGAGAAACCUCUCCGAUUGCAUUCAGAAAAUUUCUGCCAUCAUAGCUGAGGCCAGCGAGAAGCCACGUGAACCAACAGAAGAGGACGUAGCUCUUAGGGCAGCCAGGUUAGAGAAGAUGAACAAGGAGCGACUGAAACAGAAGAAGAUCCAUUCAGCUACCAAGAAGAGCAGACGAGUGGACUUUGACUGAUCGUUGGACUGUUAUGCUUCUACCUCCCAUUAAUGUAUUAUCAAUAAAUACAAUUACAUGUC